GGCCUUGGUCUUCCUCCGCCAUGAUGCAUGAUCCACCAAACUCUUCACUGGGUAAGCCGAUCAUGCCGACUGCGCAGUGAGCUUGGUGGAAGGAGGGUGUUCAUUUCCCGAGCAUCUGGGUCAACGAUAACGACACUGAAGAGCGUUUUUUCUCCAUCCAGGAUUGAAUAUUGAACGGGGAGGUGAACAUAGUGACUGGAUAAGAACAGAGAUACGCAGGGUUAAGCGUUCGCGGGAGGCGAAUUGGGGACCUCGUGGGCGCCUAGCACUCUUCACGUUGGGUUUGCUCUCGAGCAGAUCUUUCGUGUUCGUCACAUUCCUCGAGAUACCUCUUCACUCAUUGUCUCAUUUCGCCUUUGCUCUGGUCUGGAUGGCCAGCUAGAAGCAACCCAAAAUUCACAACGCCAGCGAGGUGCUUGUCGGAAGAUUGCACGUGACCGCUUUUAUUGUGUUUCGUCAAGUUAGAGGUGCGCGCAAACCUCGUGGCCGGCGUUGCUCACAGCGGGCUGCUCGCCAUGGAUAAUUCUCUAAUCUUGCCACGUCUUAGGCUCACGCGACGACGUACGCGGAACAAGAUGCAUAACGGCAAUCUCUACGACACACCCGGAGCUGGCCCUUCUCGCGUUUCUUCAGACCAACACGGUUAUGAUCUUCACGAUGAUGAUGAGGACAACGAAUCCACGCCCAGAUUAUCAGCUGGAGUAAAACUUGCUGCAGAGAGAAACUCUCCACUUUCCUACACUCAACCUGUUGAAGAUCACGUUGGCCGUCUACGUUCCCUUCUUGCUCGCGCAAAGGAUACCCCGUCACCCACCUCACGCGCACCCGUGCCCUCUUCUCCGUCUGAUAAAGCCUCAGACUUCGAGCCCGUGAAUUAUAGCACAACUGCGAAUAGCAUAGCUAGCCAAAGCCUCAAGGAGCUCUUUUCGAACGCGCUACGUGAACCAGGACAGACCCCUCGGAAAUUCCAGAAACGGCGGAACAGCAUUGAUGCUAGCGAGGUCGAGGACAGUCCGCGUCUUGAACUCGUUCAUAAGGAACGAGCGUAUAACAAGGGCAAGCGGAGAAGCAUGAGCGAUGAAGAAGCUGAGUUGGCUUCAGUACAUUCCCGUAAAAGCGACACCUCCUACAGAUCCUCUGCUGCGGCAUACGAUGCCCUACGGCAGAAACUCACUCUAUCUACGACCAGGCCGCCUCCCCCUUCAUCUGAACAAUCUGAUUCUGAUGUUCCUAUGGAAGUCAGUGGAGAUACGGCCACCAUAAUGAAGCAGUUCGGUAGCUCAACAGGAGCACCCCUAUCUACAAGCACACCUAUGCGCUCGCUAGCAAUACCCUCCCACUUGCAAAUGCAUUCAAAUCUGUUGGACCAGGAUUCUGAGAUGCAGAGAGCAAUGAACGGCGUUGAAAGUUCAGAGGCAGAGUCUGCACCUAAGGAAUCUACCCCAAGUCCCAACAAUACGCGAAGAUUGGCAUUUCCUUCUGGGCGACGCGUUAGUGGACCCACUCCAGCGCGACCUCUAUCCUGGUCGUCUCACUCCAAGUCGCAUACGCAUCAUAACCUACCUUUGGUGAGGAGAGCAAGCGAAGAGAUUGAAAAAUCAUCUUCACGCGCGAGCUCUUCCAUGUCGAAUGCGGAAUUUCCGGAAUCCGAGAAGCUGCGUAACCAGGAGCGUAAUUGGAAUAGACCUAACGGCAGGUCGCCUGCGCACAUUCCUACUACUCCAGAACACGUUCGGCACCAUCACUCUCAUUCCUCUCCAUCACAAAGCAUGGGACGAGGAAGUCCUAUGCAAAUGCAGUCGAGAAGACUGAGUGCAGCUUCUUUGCAGAGCCUUGAUGAUGAUAGCUUCUCUAGGUCGAGUUCUUUAAGCUCGAAAUCUGAAUAUCGAGAGCGUCAAAGAGAGGCUGAAGAAGAACGAAAUAAGCUGAGGGAACAACAGUGGAAUAAGCCGCCACUGAGGACACGAGCUUCAUCCACCUUUGGCACUCAAUCUCUCGACGACCGUAUGCGCACAUAUAGUCAACCAGCCCGGCCAGAUUCUGCGGCUAGUUAUCUCUCUCCAGACCGGGGUGCCCUGUCUCGACAAGGAUCUCUAAGCUCAGUGUCAGGCUCAAGUCGUGCUACUUCUCCCUCUAGUUCCCAUGCGAGCCGAGAUGUAGAGAAGGAGCAUGUUAAUGAACUAGAACGUGUCGCCCAGCACGAACGGGAGCAUAAUUGGAAUUCACCAAGGCCUAAAUGGUUUCACCGGAGAUCUGUGUCACCUUCACUGUCUCCUGUCGCGUCCUCUUCUGGAGUGGACUUUCGAAUGUCGAAUGGAUCCACGAAUCGUCCUGGCACUCGUGCAAUUAUGGAUGAAUCUUUCCCAGGCCAGCCGUCCCUCUCGCAAAUGAAUAUUUCAGAUGGUUCAUUCACCCCAGCACCGGAAUUUCCUCCGAGAGCGAUGUCCUCUCCAUCUCGUGCAGCCAAUGGCGUUAGCCGGCUUCCUCGGCUAUCCUCCCCUCAACAUCACCAGGAGCCGACUAUCGAUUACGAUUCGAGCAGGACGCAAACGCCUGGUGCACGCUUUGGAUUCCAAUUUCCUAGCCGUCGCCCUCAAUUACCUCCAUUCGAGUUGGAUGCGGACAACGCGGAGCGACCAUCUUCGCGACCAUCAAGUCGACUCUCGAUGUCUGAUCAGUCCAAACACGUCAGCCACAUUCCGGUGAGGUCAUCGCCGAAGAGGACGCGUACUCAAUCGAGUCCCAAAGACGAUUCGGACCGUAAGAAAGGUAUCAGACGGAAUCUGAUGGGAGAGUUCAGUGAAGUGUUGAACUCCAUCCCGCCUCCCAUUCUGGAUCAGCCUGAACCUGAACCUGAGCCUGUUGUGGUUAAUCCUCAAGAUGAGAUUCAUGAUAGCGACCAGGAGCCGAUCUCUUCCACAAACACUCCCACUGCUAAGCCAGUUCCGCUACCGUCGGCCACGCCUCCUGGUUCUCCUCCCAAGGAGUUAAAUGUUGACACCAUCAAGGACAUGCCACCAAAUAGAAACUUGAACGACACUGAGAGACCUGAAUCACCACCACCCACGCCACCGCCAGUGAAACCUGAUGAACCUCGCACCUCUUCCGUCAUGCAAACUCCUCCGCGUCCAUCGUUCCGCGCUUCCACACUCGAGUUCCAGACACCGUCUCCUCCUAAGUUUCUACCGGAACUCCCAGGACCCCCGCCUGAUUCGUCAGGAGAUGAACUCGAUAAUCAACACACUCCUUCCAAUUUCGACAGUGACAAGUUUGCGAACAUGACUACGAUGAAGACGCCUAGGCCUCCUGGAGCUUGGAUAACCACACCGGCAGCCCAGUUCGAGAAAGAGUUGAUAUCGAGACCUAGCUCUACUCCUCCGGAAAGAAUCCCUUCACUUCUAGAUACUGCAGUAGCGAAGCGUCCUGCGACAAUGUCGAAAGCUAGUGCAACACCUCUCCAGACACCUGCUCCUCCUGGGGCUUGGGUGGCAACGCCUAUACCAACCACAGCGCGGCGAAAGAGCAUCCUCAAAGUGCGCUUCGACGUGGAAGCGGGCAAUGCUUCUUCUGAUGGGUUUCCGGAGAUACCUGUGGUGGGCCCUAAGGACGCGAAACAGUAUCGGGAAAAUGACACCUCAAAUCCUUUGCUCGAUACACCACCUAAUCGUGUGUCUAAUGGUCCCGAAAAGCCUUAUGUCAAGCUUGAGAUUGAAUCGUCCGUUGACGAUGAUAGCCCAUCCCCGUAUACUCGGCCCGUUAAGACUUCGAAAUCACCAACGGUACGCGUACUUGAUGCGUUCGGUCGAGAGACUGCUGUCGAUGAGCAGCAACAGCCACCUAAGUCGGAGGAGAGUAUGGACAUCCUUUCGGAGGAUAUCAAGAGAAGUCAUGCUCCAAAACGGGAGGAAAGGGAGACGAUGCCGGUUCGCCAAUCUGUCACCCCUCGUAGCAGAAGUACUAUCCGGAUCGUCGAUGCUAUGGGUCGUGAAGUCCAAGAGGCAUCGGUGACGCCUGAUACUGCCAAUAGCACAGAAUCCGAGCCAUCCACGCCAUUGUCUCAUAAUGAGGCCCUGGCUCGCGUGCGGGAGACUAUCGCCCAUCUGGCACACGAUUUGGAUGAUGUGGACAGAAGCUGUGAUGAACUUGCACACGAUGAGAAUCGUAUCGACGCAUUGGAAGAUGCUUCCAAGGCUGCUCGUAAUGCUCGCAAGCGGAUAUCGGAGUCCUUACAGCUGGUGAAGACGGCGGAGGACGACCUCCGUAGCAAGUUCGGUUCAUUGCGGGAAGGCAUGCACAAAAGCAAAUUGCUGCCGACCUUGGAAGGUACUCGGGUGCGUUCAUGGAGCUUGUUCAACACCUGGACCAUUUGCCUCUUCGUGAUCAUCCAGGUUGCCAUCUUCAUUGCCAUGUAUCGGUAUGCUCCACAUUUUUUGGACCCUUCUAAGUGGGCUAACCAUCCAUCACCCGUCACGUAGGCAUUCCAACGUCAGAGCGAGAAAGCUAUUUCUUUCGACAUACUAUGACCCAUUUAAUCCUGAUAUCUUCUUGCAUAUCACGAACCCUGAAAACGUUUACCAUUUGAUACCCUACACAUUCACCUGGUCGCCCACCUCAAUUCCAGAUGCUAUAUCUCGUGAAGGGUGGAGAGGCGUUACCAGCGAAUUAUGGGGCAACGUCACUUGCCUUGCUACUGAUAUCCAGCGUCGAGUUUGGGAUGCCUGGUCCGCGCGAGAUCAUAGCAUUUCGUGGGAAUCCUGGCCUCCGACAUGACACAGGACAAUUUCGACAUUUUGUUUCAAUGUAGCAACCUAUCUUAUUCAUCUAACCUUGGUUAUCUGUUGUAUAAUUAUAGGAGUGCCCAUGGCGCGUAAUAGAUAUAUAUUACAAGUCCGUGUGGUAUAUCAUGACCAAAAAUAGGACGGGUAUACCAAACGUAGCGUAUAUGAGCUGGCGUAAUCAACAAUUGAUCAUGCAUGGAGGAACGUCUGCGAAUUGGAGGAAUCGAGGGAUUGUUUCUCAACCAAUCCACCCACGAACUUCUUGACUAUGGGCUCCCAGCAUUCUGUAGCCAAUUGCAUGUGCUCGCCGUCGCAGGUCUCGAGGACAACAUCUCCUCGCUCGUCAAGAGUUUUCAGAC